CUGUGUCUGUGUCUUCCUGAUUACUGAUGGAAAAACCCAGAGAAAAGAAUAAGAAGAAGGAUGGAACGCAAGUAAUCCUCCAGAUGAAGGAUGACUGAAGAUUACCCUGGGAUGCUGGACUGGUUACUGUUCGCGCCAGCUGACGAUCUUCGAGCCGCAGUCACGGACUCGCCGAAGCGCUCGUCUUCUUCCCCUCCAUCGUUACUUUGUUUAUCUUUCUCUCCUUCCUUCUUCUUCCUCCAUCUUUUGACUUAUUUUCUUUUCUUUUCCUUCUUUCAUAUCUACUCUGGAAUUUUUGGGGAUUCAAAUCUCGAUUUUGCGACUAUACUAUCCAUCGCACUGGAUCUACACCACUCUCCGCUAAUCCCAUACUAUCCAGAGUUCGACGCGACCGUCACUGGUCAUUGCAAGCUAUCUAUCUGAUCGCACUCGCUGUGGUUCCCCCGUGCCCGGACCAUGUCACUCCAGGUUGGCGACCCACGGUCGCGUGGGCGUUCCAAAUCUCCCGGCGGGCGGAUCCGCGAUCAUUCCCGAUCUCGCGAUACCCGCCAACCGUCCGCGAAUCCACGCACAAGCUCCCAGUACCUCACCUCCGAUCCGCUCGAUGAUGACGGUUACCACAGCUCCCGGAUGAGAGGGGCCAGCCCCAGCGCAGGUUAUCGAACCAGCUCCCGUUACAACCGACAUGGUUCGGACUCAGAUCACGAAGACCGAUCGGAAUAUCUGCUGCGUCCUGAACGCAGCAGUCGCGAUAAGGUCUAUUUGUCGGAUACGGGCGAGGGAAAGUCGGGCAAACGCAGCAGCAGGACCUAUGCGAAGUCUCCCGCCCGUCAACCGGCUCGAUACGAUGUGGAAUCGGACGAUGAUCUUUUGGACUCCGAGGAUGAGGCGCUGGCCUAUGGGGACAUGCCCGGCGCAACAGAGCGUGGGUUCUAUGGGUCCGGGCGCUCGCCUCGAUCAUCGUCGUCUCGAGUGAAUCCCGCGAUGAUGUCGGGUGCCCUCAAUGUGGAGGAUUUCUACAAACAGACCCCAUCGCGCGCCGGCGAUCCUCGUCCGGCUGAAGCUCCCGGUGCUCACCCCAGCUACGGGAGACCCGACCCGUUCAAAUACGCCAUGGACCCGUCGCAGUAUCUCCACGGGCAGAGCACCGUGAGCGCGGCGCCGGGGUAUACUGGCGCUCCCGCGACAGCAGGCGUGCCAUCAAACUGGGCGCCGAUCCCCGACUGCGAGCGCCCGGGCUUCGUGCCCCCGUCUACGCAGGGGGAGGGGCAGGCCAUGCCGGGAGCAUUCCCGCCCGCGACUACCAACUACCCCCAAGUGCCGGCGGCGCGCGCGUUUCCAACACCGCAGUAUGCCAACCCGGAAGUGCACCAAUAUGCGUCGUGGGCAACCAGCAAUGCCCACGUACCACCGGUCACCGCGCCGACCCACCAGCGCCACCCAUCCGGCAGUGCGACGGUUCAAUACGCCGAGCCUCCCCAGUUCCAGUAUGCCAAUAUCGACCCGAAUGUCAAGUACGCCUCGAAAAGCUCGUCUAAUGUGCCUACUACAACCGCGCCACAAUUCACGAAUCUCCAGUCGGCGGACCCAAAGUAUCAGGGCGUCCGGUAUUCGGCGAAUCCGCAGUUUUCCGCCGCACCGAUGGGCCGUGCAGAGAGCAAACCGCAGUUUAUGGAGAUCGCGCCCGGCGGACGUCCCGCCAGCGCCUCCUUCUCGUCUGGCAGUAAGCUGUCGGUCGCAACCGCGGAUCCGAACUUGCGACCGGCCAGUCCCAUGCUGGAACCCUACAAGGGCACGUACCAGAGCAUCUCACCGAUGCCGUCCCCAAUCGUCAUGCCGGGCACAUUCGACGAAGAGGUCUCGGAUCUCGAGCCGCUGGACGGGCCCUCGGACGCGGAUGCCGACGCACGCAAAAUGCACGGGCGGAAGAAAUCCAAGGAUACCAAAGACAAAGACAGCAAGGGCCUUAAGGAGCCCAAGAGCUCCCGAUCCAAGCGGGACAGCAGCCGCGUCCGGCACGAGCGGCACUCAUCCAACGGCCAUCUCGCGGAAUCGCUUGUGCUGAUCUCUCCCAGCAGCGCGCGCAAACGCGUAUCCUUCUACGACGCCAGCGCAGACGCGGCCGCCAUGCAGGAAGCCCUGUCCGGGCGGACGGACCCCAAGGCCCUCAUCCGUGUCCUGCCCCAGCUGACCGGCGACGAAAUGCUCGACCUCCGCAAGGAGUACAAAAACUACGUCAAGCUGCACGGGAAAGGCGUCAACAUCGCCAAGCAUCUCCGGACGAAGCUAGGCCACAACGCCUUCAGCAAGGUAUGCUACGCGACCGCGCUAGGGCCAUGGGAAUCAGAAGCCUUCUGGGCCAACUGCUACUACCAGUCCAGCACGUCGCGGCGCGAGCUGCUGAUCGAGUCCCUGUUCGGGCGGAGCAACAGCGAGAUCACCGCGAUCAAGGAGUGCUUCCGCGACACACGGUACAUGAACAGCCUGGAGAAGUGCAUGAAGGCAGAACUCAAGGCAGACAAGUUCCGCCUCGCGGUGCUGCUGGCGCUCGAGGCGAAGCGCCAGAGCGAGCGCGACCCCAUCAACCUCGACAUGGUCCAGCGCGACGUCCACGACCUGCACCGCGCGCUGAUGUCGCGCCACGGCGGCGAAACAGACAUGAUCAACAUUAUCGUGCCUUCCAGCGACGCCCACCUGCGCGAGGUGCUCCGCACCUAUGAGAAAAUCUACGAGCGGAACUUUGCGCGCGCCAUGAUCGCCAAGUCGCAAAACCUGGUGGGCGAAACCCUAGCCCACAUCCUCAACGGCGUCAUCAACCGACCCAUGCGCGACGCGCUCCUCCUCCACCAAGCCCUACGAGAAUCACGCAGCGGCAAAGAGCGAUCAGAGCUGCUCAUCUCGCGACUGGUGCGAUACCACUGGGAGCCGCGACAUCUGGAGCUCGUCAAGGCGGAGUUCCGGAAACGGUACGGCGAGCGUUUGGAGGAGGCGAUUGCGGAGGAGGUGCUGCCUACGAGUGGGGGGAGCGAGUGGGGGGAGUUUUGCAUUGAGUUGGCGAGGAGCUCGAGGGGGUUGGCGAGGAGGGUGUGAUUUGUUUUAUUUAAUUUAUUUAGCUG